UCACUUACACAUCCUUCCUAGCUUUUCAGGGAGUAAAGUAAGAAGUGGAAGAGAGACUGGGAGAGAGAAAGUGUGAUUUGAAGUCUCUCUCUCUCUGCUCUCUCCGCUGCUCCUCACUCCUCCUGACUCAAUGGGUCCGUAGCGUUAUAUUAAUUACCAAGUUCCCCGUUACUAAUUUCAGUUUUAUGUAAAAGUUUACCAAAAAAAAAAGUCUCACCAAAAACUUGGAAACUAUGGAUAUUCGGAUGAAACGAAGACCGUGGAUCCAAGACCCUAUAUCCCUCCUGCUAAGUGUUGUGUUCGUCCUGUGCCUAAUUCUCCGGGCACAAGCAGAUCCAGUUGAUGUUCUGCGGGUUCUCCAGGUUCCCUCCCUUCCUGAAGGUGUACAGAAGGUUCCAGGCUUUUGUCCCUCGCAGCAUGCUGGUACUCAUCAUGCCUACCGUAUCAGCAAGAAGGCCCAAAUCUCUGCUCCAACCAAGCAACUCUUCCCAGGUCGUUUCCCAGAGAACUUCUCCAUCAUGACCACAGUGAAGGCCAAGGCUGGGCUUCAAGCCUUCCUAUUGUCCAUCUACAGUGAACAGGGAGUGCAGCAACUGGGACUAGAGCUGGGCCGCUCGCCCGUCUUCCUGUAUGAGGACCAGAGCCGCAUGCCUACCCCAGAGAACUACCCAUUAUUCAAAGGCGUCAACCUGGCUGAUGGCAAGUGGCACCGCAUUGCCAUCUCUGUACAGAAGAAAAAUGUUACUCUUCUCCUUGACUGCAAGAAGCAAAUGACGAGACCACUUCCUAGAAGUAACAAACCAGUGGUGGACAACAAGGGCAUCACUGUUUUUGGUACUCGUCUGUUGGAUAACGAGGUUUUCCAGGGUGACAUACAGCAGCUGUUGAUUGCCUCCAACCCUCAGGCAGCCUAUGACUUCUGUGAGCAUUACAGCCCCAACUGUGAUUCUCCUGUACCCAGGAUUCAGGCCCAGGACCCUAACACUUUUGGCAGCAAGACAUCCAAAUCCAUACCUCCUACUAAGACAGCUAAAUCUUAUAAAGCAACAUCUAGCUCAGCUAAAUCAGCUAAGGAUAUACGUGUUCCAGCCAAGCAAGCUGCCAUGACUAAGCCUGCCAAGACCAGAUCUACGUUUGUGAGACUGUCACAUUCUGACAUUAAGUCAACUGUAGCAGCUCAAGCAGGCCCUCGUUUAAAACCCACUGUUAUAGAAAAUAAGAAAUUAAGGAACAGUGGCAAAGCAUCUGAAAAAAAAAAGCCUAGUGGAAAAAUUAAAGAAAAUGGAGUUAGCAAUGGCAAGGCUAAUGAUGCUGCUAAAGCUUACAGCAAUGAUAGAAUAAAUAUCAGAGGUCAAGCCAGUGCCAACGGAAAGGUGGCUGUUAAAGUAAAUGCUUUUUCUAAAGCCAACAGCAGCAGUAACAGAAAGUCAGCAGUUGUGACAAUAACAAAUGCUGGUGCUAAAGGCUCUGUCAAAGUAGCUGAAGAGAUAAAGUCAUCAAGAGUGAUAUCUAAGAAACCUUAUAGCACAGAAGGAAAAACAGUUCAAACAGGAGUUUUGAAGUCAAUCACCAAACCCCCGCAAUGGAGGACACCUCACACAGCGAAAUCCGACAAUAGAGUCAAAUCAGUGUUGAAUCAGUCCCCGCCCUUCAACAAGCCUGCAGUCAGUGGCAUCACCAUCUCCGCUCCAGAAAAAGUCAAGACGAAACCAUCCAAUGGUUAUACACAGGCUGCUGUGAGAGCCCAGAAGGGAGAGAAGGGAGCACCUGCGGUCCUUGAAUCUGGCAUGUUGAUUGAGGGACCACCGGGACCAGAAGGACCGACAGGUCUCCCUGGCCCUUCAGGGUCUCCAGGACUGCCGGGCUCUGUGGGUGAUCCAGGUGAAAGGGGUCCAACUGGGAAAGCAGGUCUGCCCGGAGCUGAUGGUCGCCAAGGACCUCCUGGCUCAUCUAUCACGCUUCCAUUCCGCCUUGGACAAAGUGGUGGAGACAAAGGUCCCAUUGUCUCAGCACAGGAGGCCCAGGCUCAUGCCAUUAUGUCUCAGGCUCGGUUAGCUUUGACGGGUCCACCCGGAGCAAUGGGUUUUACAGGCCGACCUGGACCCAUGGGUCCACCUGGCAGCGAUGGUCUGAAAGGAGAGAGUGGAGACCCUGGCCCACAGGGUCCCAGAGGUUCUCGGGGGGUAUCCGGUCCUCCUGGUAAACCUGGUAGAAGAGGUCGAUCUGGUGCUGAUGGUGCACGUGGAAUACCAGGAGCAUCUGGAAUUAAGGGAGAUCGUGGUUUUGAUGGGUUGCCUGGUCUGCCAGGAGACAAAGGUCAUCGGGGAAAUUCUGGAGGAAUGGGACCACAAGGACCCCAAGGAGAGGAUGGAGAGAGAGGAGAUGAUGGCGAUGUUGGGCCCAGAGGACUCCCAGGUGAACCAGGGCCUCGUGGGUUGCUGGGGCCUAAGGGUCCCUCAGGAAUCCCUGGACCUCCAGGUGUGCGUGGAAGCGAUGGACCUCAUGGGCCAAAAGGAAGCUUGGGACCUCAAGGAGAGCCAGGUCCUCCAGGCCAGCAGGGAGCUCCAGGAACACAGGGAAUGCCUGGUCCGCAAGGUGCUAAUGGUCCCGCAGGAGAGAAGGGACCUACAGGAAAGCCUGGUCUGCCAGGCAUGCCUGGAGCUGAUGGUCCCCCUGGUCACCCAGGAAAGGAAGGCCCAUGCGGAACAAAAGGAAAUCAGGGGCCUUCUGGUCCUCAGGGUGCUAUUGGCUAUCCUGGUCCUCGAGGAGUGAAGGGGAUUCAAGGUAUCCGUGGACUGAAGGGUCAUAAGGGAGAAAAGGGAGACGACGGUUUUCCUGGAAUCAAGGGAGAUUUUGGUUCUAAAGGAGAAAGGGGAGAGGUAGGACUGCCAGGCCUCAGAGGGGAGGACGGGCCUGAGGGUCCAAAAGGGCGUGUUGGUCCCCCUGGGGAGAUUGGACAACUUGGCCCGGUUGGAGAGAAGGGUAAACUUGGCGUACCUGGUCUGCCUGGAUAUCCUGGAAGACAAGGACCUAAGGGAUCACUUGGUUUCCCAGGAUUCCCUGGUGCAAAUGGAGAGAAAGGUGCAAGGGGUCUAAUUGGAAAAUCUGGACCAAGAGGACUGAGAGGACCAACAGGGCCCAGAGGACAGAGAGGACCUCGUGGGUCUACUGGAAAACUGGGUGCAAAGGGUUCAUCCGGUAGUGACGGCCCUCCUGGACCCCCAGGCGAGAGGGGAUCACCUGGAACCCAAGGAGUAAAUGGAUUUCCAGGACCAAAGGGACCUCCUGGACCUCCAGGGAAAGACGGACUGCCUGGACACCCUGGACAGAGAGGAGAAGUUGGUUUCCAAGGCAAGGCUGGGCCUCCUGGGCCACCUGGAGUUGUUGGACCUCAGGGUCCUUCUGGAGAGACAGGCCCACUGGGAGAGCGGGGGCACUCCGGACCCCCUGGACCACCAGGUGAGCUAGGCCUUCCUGGCCCUUCGGGUAAGGAAGGAACCAAAGGAGAUCCUGGUCCUCCUGGUGGCCCAGGAAAAGAUGGACCUCCUGGAUUGAGAGGCUUCCCUGGAGAGAGAGGACUCCCUGGAACACCAGGUGGUGCUGGACUGAAGGGAAGUGAAGGCCCAGCAGGACCACCUGGACCAGCUGGAUCCCCAGGUGAGAGAGGCUUGGCAGGCACAGCUGGCCCCAUUGGCCCCCCUGGAAGACCUGGACCUCAGGGACCUCCUGGAGUUGCAGGAGAGAAAGGAGUGGCUGGAGAGAAAGGCCCAGUUGGCCCAGCUGGUCGUGAUGGCAUUCAAGGCCCAGUUGGGCUUCCAGGCCCUGCCGGAUCUGUCGGUGUUCCAGGAGAGGAUGGUGACAAAGGUGAGGUUGGAGAGCAUGGGCAUAAGGGCGCAAAGGGAGCAAAGGGAGAACAAGGUCCUCCUGGCCCACCUGGGCCGGUGGGUCCUCUUGGACAGCCAGGUGCUCCUGGUGCUGAUGGUGAAACAGGUGCCAGAGGUCAGCAAGGUGCAUUUGGUGCUAAAGGAGAUGAAGGAACAAGAGGAUUUCCUGGUCCUCCAGGCCCUAUUGGGCUACAGGGAUUGCCAGGCUCAGCAGGAGAGAAGGGUGAAACAGGAGAUGUCGGACCAUUGGGUCCUCCUGGACCUCCUGGACCCCGUGGCCCAGCAGGUCCUAAUGGUGCUGAUGGUCCUCAAGGUCCCCCUGGUGGUUUGGGUAACCCAGGUCCACGUGGGGAGAAGGGUGAACCUGGUGAAUCUGGACCACCUGGAAUUGGUGGAGAGCCAGGAAAGAAGGGCCCAAGAGGAGAACGUGGUGAGAAAGGUGAGGCUGGACAGCCAGGUACACCUGGUCCUACAGGUGGAAAGGGACCCAUUGGAGAUGAUGGACCUAAAGGAAACCCUGGUCCUGUCGGUUUCCCUGGUGAUCCUGGUCCUCCUGGAGAAGUUGGGCCUAGAGGCCAAGACGGAGCAAAGGGAGACCGAGGAGAAGCUGGUGAACAAGGAGAGACAGGUUCGCCAGGACCUCCCGGUGAAAACGGACCACCUGGCCCUACAGGAAAAAGAGGGCCACCAGGCACAAGAGGACCUGAAGGCCGUGAAGGAGAGAAGGGAAGCAAGGGAAAUUCAGGAGCUGUUGGGGCUCCAGGAAAGACAGGCGCUGUUGGGCCACAAGGUCCUCCUGGAAAGCCAGGAACAGAGGGUCUGAGAGGACUGCCCGGUUCAGUGGGAGAACAAGGUGCUCCUGGCCUGACGGGUGAGAAAGGACCUCCUGGACCCAUAGGUCCUUCAGGUUUGGCAGGUCUACGUGGUGACUUUGGUGCUAAGGGUGAAAAGGGACAUACGGGUAUGAUUGGUCUGAUUGGACCUCCAGGUGAGCAGGGAGAAAAGGGAGACAGAGGAAUUCCUGGCCCUCAUGGAUCAACUGGGCCCAAGGGAGAAACUGGUGUGUCUGGUGGUACUGGCCCUCUGGGCCCUGCUGGUCCUGCUGGUUUUCCUGGCCAGAGGGGUAUUAAGGGAGUAAAGGGUACUAUGGGUGGAGCUGGUCCCAAAGGAGAGAAAGGUGUACAAGGGCCCCCUGGACCCCCUGGACCUCCUGGUGAUGUCAUCCAACCCAUGCCCAUUUCAGUCCCGAAAAAGUCCAAGCGUUCCAUCGAUGCCAGUAAGAUGCUCUCUCAGAAUGAUGAGGAUUCCCCAGCUGAUGCCACAGGUGCCGGAUUUCUGACUGGCAAAGAAAGCAUGGAGGAGAUUUUGGGCUCUCUAAAUUCCCUUCAAGUUGAGAUUGAGAGCAUGCGUUUCCCACUUGGAACAAAGGAAAGCCCAGCCCGCACAUGCCAUGACCUCCAACUCAGUCAAUCAGAGUACAAAGAUGGUGAAUACUGGAUUGAUCCAAACAAGGGCUGUGCUCGAGACUCUUUUAAGGUUUACUGCAACUUUACAGCAGGUGGAGAGACAUGUCUCCAUCCUGGCAGAGAAGUGGAGAGUGUAAAGAUGAAGCAUUGGCCAAAGGAGAAGCCGGAAUCAUGGUACAGCCAGUUUGCUAAAGGAAGCAAGCUUUCUUAUGUGGAUGCGGACGGUAAGCCUGUGGGAGUGGUGCAGCUGGGAUUCCUGCGGUUGCUCAGCAUUCGGGCUCGUCAAAACUUCACCUAUCACUGCCACCACUCAGUGGCCUGGACUGAUAACACUGCUGCCAACAGAUAUCAGAGAGCACUGCGCUUCUUGGCUGCUAACGAAGAAGAGCUGAGUUAUGAGACCAGUCCCUAUAUCAAGGCACUCACUGAUGGCUGUUCUUAUCGCAAAGGUAAUGGUAGGACAAUUCUGGAGAUAAACACACCUCAAGUUGAGCAGCUUCCUCUCAUGGACAUCAAGAUCACAGACAUUGGGGAGACCAAUCAGAAGUUUGGUUUUGAAGUCGGACCUGUCUGUUUCCUGGGAUAAACUUACAGACAUGGCAAGAACAUAAAAGGAAUACAAAAUUAGACACAAAUGACACACAAUAACUUGGAUUCAUUCAAAGAUGCAUUUAUUUGGCAUAGAUGUAUGCCAGAAUAAAUACAUGUUAAAAGACAAUCUAAGAUGUGGACACACACACACACACACACACACGCACACACACACACACACAUACACGCCAUUGUGAAGCAAAUGUAAGUAGAGAUCAAGGGCAAAACAACUCUAAACCAGCUUGAAGAUGAGAUGAAGAUGGAUGGCAAGAUGAGAAAACAGCCUUGAUGAAACACACCUGUAGCAGAACAGAGUAAAGAUCAAUAUGUGACAAGGCAUAUUUUCAGAAAGAGUGUUCUGGAACAAGCUGAUGGCCUAAAGGGGCAACUACUACAGAAAAGCAACCAAGCUUCUGCUUCUGCAUUUCAGAUCACCUCGCCCUUAUCUUUCCUUCUCACUGUUACUUCCCCAUGUGUCCCACUCUACCUCUGUGCUUCAGCCUUCCCCUCCAUAAUCUCAUCUAAGCCCUGUGUGAUCACUCCAUUUGAAGUUGAGACAACAUAAAAAGUAAUUUUUUUUUUUUUUUUUUUUUUUUUUUU